AGGGAGGCAAAGAAAGAAGGCCACGUGACCACGCCUUGCAGCCGGACUCACGUGGGCCGAGCGAGGGGAGAGGGAGGUGCAGCGGCGGGGGCCUAUCGGGAGAGGAGGUGGGGCGGUCACGUGGGCGGUCCGUACGCGAGCAGCCAGCAGGGCUUCCGCUUCCGGUCGGUGCGCGCGGCGGCCCCGUGAGGAGCGAUGCGGCCGGGGCCGGGGGCGGCCCGCGGGGGGGAGGCCGGGCCGCGGCGGGCGGGGCCGCUGAAGCUGUCGGUGGGGAAGACGCAAGUCGGCAGCGGUAAAAAGAAGAAGAAGAAGAAGAAGAUGGCGAAGCAGCUCUGGCGGCGCGCGGAGGAGGAGGAGGCGGCGCGGCGCGGCCGGCAUCUGCGGGCCCUGUCCGGAGCCACGGGCGCGGAGCGGGAGCUGGAGGAGCUGCUCUUCGGGGACUGUCUCGCCGCCGAGGAGGGCGAGCUGCUGCAGCGCCUGGCCGGCCCGCGGCAGCACGCUGCUACAGAGGGAGGAAGCCUUCUCAGAGACUCCAGCGAUUCGGAGGUAGAGAAUGAAGCGAAAAGCACUUUCGUGUCUAAAGCGCCGGCCUGGGUGGAUGAGGAUGAUGAAGCUGAGGAAAAGGUUGAUAUGACACACAGGUACAGGAGAGAUUUGAUGAAAAGUGAUGCUGAGAAAAUUCUUACCAAGAAAAAGCUGAAAAUAAGACUUGAAGAGCAAUUUCAGCGAGCUAUGGGAGGAGUUCCUGCCUGGGCUGACAGAGAAAACAGGAAGAAAUCCAAGACGACUACAAGUGAUAGUGGCAGUGAUGAUGAUGAUGAUCUGCUAUGCAGAACUGGUAAUUUCAUAUCAACCUCGGAAUCCCUGCCAAGAGGUAUUUUGGAGAUGAAGAGCUGCUUGCCUGCUAAUCAGGAACGUCUUGCUGAUGGAAAACUGUCAACUGUGCAGUUCCAUCCGUCUGCUCAAGUUGUUAUGACUGCUGGACGUGAUCGAUCUGUGUCACUCUUUCAGGUUGAUGGUAUAAGGAAUCCAAAAAUACAGAGCAUCUAUUUAGAGAGUUUUCCGAUCUAUAAAGCUCGUUUCAGUGCUGAUGGAGAACAAGUUAUAGCCACUGGUACUCAUCAUAAAAUGUUUUACGUGUACGACAUGAUGGGUGGAAGCAUUAUUCCUGUACAUCAAGUAAGAGGCAUGGAGGACAAAUUUGUCAAAAACUUUGAAGUCUCUCCAGAUGGAUCAUUUAUGCUUCUAACUGGAACUUCGGGUUAUCUUCACUUGCUGUCAAUGAAGACAAAGGAACUGAUCAGCACUAUGAAGGUAAAUGGAAGAUCCACUGCCUCUGCUUUCACUUCAGACAGCAGUAAAAUAUAUAGCUAUUCAAAGGAAGGUGAAGUUUUCAUUUGGGAUGUAAGAAGCAGAAAGUGUCUACACAAAUUUGAAGAUGAAGGUUCUUUGGAAGGAAAGUGUAUUGCUGUUUCAAAAAAUAACCAAUAUGUGGCAUGUGGUUCAGUUUCUGGAGUUGUAAACUUAUAUACUACUGAUGUCUGUCUCAAAGAAAAUAAUCCUAAACCAGUUAAAGCCAUAAUGAAUCUAGUUACAUCUGCUACAUCUGUGACCUUCAGUCCCACCACGGAAAUCUUGGCUGUGGCUUCCAAUGAAGCUGAUGAGGCUGUCAAAUUGAUACACAUUCCGUCAUAUACUGUAUUCUCAAACUUCCCAGUGUUCAGAAGAAAACAAAUUUAUCUUACUCAGUCUAUGGACUUUUCUCCUAGAAGUGGAUUUUUCUCUAUAGCAAACAACAAAGGCAAAGCUUUAUUAUAUAGGCUGAAACAUUAUUCAGAUUUUUAAAAGAUAGAGGAGAAAAUGGGCUCGUAACUCAGGUGUUGUAACCUGGAACUACAAGAAUGGAACUACAUAAUCAAGCAAAUUUUUUAUAUGGAAGUUGAAAAAUAAUAUAACUUUUAUGGUUUUUUGAAUGUUUUUACUUAAUAAAUGUACCUGAUAAGUUUCCAGGCAUGUUAUUUCAACUUUUUCAUUUUUUUUUGCAUAAGCAAAUGACUAUAGAUUUUAAUGGUUGAUACUCAAGUUAAUGUCUUAAAAAAAAUGCUUAAUGUCUUUAGUUAUUAUGAGAAUGUAAAGUAUUGCACUGUUAAUACAAGUAUUGGCUUUACGUGAAGUGUGAGCUCUGCUUUGUGCAUUUGGCUUGAGCUUUGCCACCAGCCAGAUCCCUUUGUGGCUGGAAACACGGUUUUGCUGACCGGGGGGAGCAAAGAAGUAACCUGAAGAACCCCGUUGGUGCAAUGGGCCAGCUGUGGGUUAGGAGGAAUGCCAGCCACCAUCAUUUGUGCUUAACGUCUCACAAAUAUCACGAAGCAAACUGUUGUACUGUUGUUUUAAUUCUUCAGGAAGGCUCCAUUCUUACCUUUCUGUGAAAGUAAAGCAUCCUGAAUCAC